ACACAAAUUAUCGGUAUAUUUCCAAUUCGUAUCAAUUAUCGCGAUUUGCAAAGUGAUUUUAUUUUUUAUCAAGUUUGUAGAUCGUCUCUCACCAGCUAUCCCAGUUCAGUAACAUCUAAUUACUGGAAGCCAAUUAAGUCCAGUGACCCUCCAGUUCCAGUGGACAUCACUCUGGUAGUUCAAAUGGACUUUUUGGAUCGUUUUAUACCCGCUCCUUUGUUCAAUUGUGAUAAUGACCUUGAUGAAAAUAUGGAUAUGUCUGGUGAAUCAGCAACACCUAUCGAUGGAGAUAGGCCUAUGUCUGACGUCGAAGAAACUACACCUUUGACUGUAACUGAUUAUGAUACUAUGGCCAACAAAAUUAUGCCCGAUCCUGGUUAUGAGAUAGAAGAUUUCCAGUACCACACAUGGCACAUCACUAGCUGGCGAAGUUUAGAUAAAAGGAUAACGGGCCCCGAAUUUGAAGCAGGAGGUUGGAAAUG